GACCGAAAGAGCAAUAAAUUUAAUGACCAAGGUCAAGUUGCUGCCAUAAACAACUCCCUUCUUGCCGAGUGAGGUAUCUGGAAAAAACGGUGAUCAUGUCUCGUCAACCUAUUUCUGCAGAUGAUACCUUCGCGGUAUUCAAGAAAUUUGACAAGAGUAAGGACAACCUCAUCAAUAAGAAAGAGCUGAAGACGGCACUCAAGGAGCUUGGGUUAGCCCCUGUCUCGGAGAAACUCCUCACGUGCACGAUGGAAGCCUUCGACAAGGACAAAAGCGGUGCCCUGAGCUUUACGGAGUUCCAGGCGCUGGUGUCGCAGGUAGAGCAGGCAAAACGGCAGCUCAGCUCCAAGAUGCACGAGAUGUUUAAAGGCAUUGACAAGAACGGGGAUGGUCACAUCACCCCUCAGGAGUUAAAAGCGGGUCUGGCAGCCAUGGGGACCCACAUGGAUGAUAAAGUCAUCGACAACAUGAUCAAAGCUGCCGACACCGACAGCGAUGGGCGCGUCAACUAUGACGAGUUUAUCAAGGUCUUGUCAUGCGCAUAAGGUCAACGAUGAGCCCGUGGAAUCCAAAUAGAUUAUAACGCGAUUCGUGAUUCUAAGUACGCAUGUGCAGAGAAUGCAUUGUGGGCAAUAUGUCAAAGGUGAGGGCCCCUGAGA